UUUUCAGUGUUUCUGUUAUUCUGUGUUCUCCUGGUAAUUCAUUCUUUCUUGCUAUCUUCAUUUCAUCCUCCCAGGAUGGACCCAGACUUUCGAACGGUGUUCCUGUUUCAGGAGGAUUCGUAUCAUGACUUCAUAAAGGAGUUUACCGAGCGUCAGCCGAGGAUGUCGGACUUCCUGAAGGAGCUGGAGGCGGAUGCUGUUCAGCUGGACAGCAUGAACAAAGGAGCGAAGAUCUCCAGCGUGGUGGGCAGCUCAGUGGGAGCAGUGGGAGGCGUGCUCUCCAUCGUUGGCUUGGCGUUGAUUCCAGUCACAGCUGGAGCGUCUCUAGCCCUCACCAUGACUGGAAUCGGGAUGGGAGUAACCAGCGGAGUCAACAGCAUCGUCACCACCGCCACGGAGAUAGGCGUUAACCGUACGCACCAAAAGAACGCCAACAAAGUCUUGCAGAGCUUCAUGGAGGACGUGAUGAAACUGCAGGAUUGCCUGGAAGAGGUUAUGCAACAAGCGGUUGCCAAAAUGGAGACAAGCGGGCUAGGUGUAGCUCUGGGGGUCGGCAAAAUUGUUUGUAAAGUUGGAACAGUUGGGAGAAGCAUAGAUGCAAUCGUUGAUCUAGCCUCCGCUGCUAAACUACUAAAAAGUGAAGAGGUCGUCUCCAGUGCUGGUAAAGUGGUGGCUCAGGGAUCAGGAGCGCUGCGUAGCAUUCCCAGGUUGGCCUCCGACGUCCCAGAUGUCGGUCAGGCAGCCGUCAAAGGAUCUCUUGCUGCCUCCCAAACGGCCAGAGCCGGUCUGAUCGCGGUCAACGCGCUCUUCCUCGGCAUGGACAUCUUCUUCAUCUGCAAGGACAGCAUCAGUCUGGCCAAAGGCAGCGAGUCAGAGGUGUCGCAGUUCAUCAGAGCCAGAGCUGCGCUGUGGAGCUCCCAGAUGGAUUCAUGGAAGAAGAUCCACGACUCUCUGGACGAUGGCCUGCCGACAUCGGGGAAGAAGGAGGCUGUGCUGGAAACGCCUUUCUAUCCCGAGGCUGAGACGGAGAAACAGAAAUGAGAGCAAAAGUUUGCUUUGAAGGAGUGGAUGAAAAACACUGGUACCACCUGGCUAACUUAAGAUAAUUACAAACACGAUCAAAUUAAAGUGAUUAUUGUGUCACUUUUAAAACAAUGAUGAAAGAUUUAAAUGAAACUCUACAGUCAGUAAAAUGUAGCUUCAACCAUUUCAAGCUGGUCGUAAAUCUACUGAUCUAAUUGACUAUUUCUAUUCUUUUUUGCAAGAGGAUUAUUGUUUACAUUUUUAGCCCAUUUCAAAAAAAUCGAUGUUCAUUUUGUUCUACACGUUUGACCUGAUAAUAAAUUAAAAACAUAAACAACAUAACUAUAAUUCAUCUCUUAGAAAAAAUCCUGCAGCAUCAAAUAAUUAAAGGAUUUCAGAAGCACUUUUGUAUGUUUUUAAACUUAAAU